CACAGGAACUUGCUAAUCUCUUUUGUCACAUUCAGGUUGCUCCUGCUGCCUCAUGCACAUUAAACCCAACCAUCUUGGGAUGGACUCCCUGCCAGCCCAGUUCUUACAUUUUCGGUUCUUCUAGUGUGAAUCAGUUAACAUUCUUGGGGACGAGGGAAAGGUUGAUCCUGGGAGGAAAUCAGCCACAGUGAAAAGGCUUGCUCUUGCUUUUGUUUUCACCUCCUUUUGCUGAACAAAUUUGAUUUCCGGAGUCAGUCAUUUUACUGUCAAGAAAUUUCUUCGGCAUUCUGCAACAGAUCCCACUCAGAACAUUUAUGAUUCAUGGAAGGAAGUCAAAAUAUCAACAAUAACUGGAGUUCAGAAGAAGUUGAUUCCAAGCCUCAUGAAUGACUUGAGGAUUUAACAUGUUAGAGGAGGAAGUAACUGCCGAUGUGGUAGAAAGAGCAAGAGAGCUGGAGUUAGAAGUGGAGCCUGAAGUUUCCAAGGUGGUUAGAUCCAUCAGACGCUAAAGCCGUGGAGAACACUCUCAGGACCCUUUGCCACUUCUUGAAGCAGAAGCCGACAGACAGCUGUUUGGAAACGUUUCCUUCACACACCAGCUGAAGACUCGGCUUUGGAGGUUUUCAAAGCAGACGGUGCGUCUCGCUUGGACGGGCAGGGAGAAGUUACAUUCUGCAGAUCACUGUCAGAGGUCCUGAGGACGCCGACCUACCUGGCUUGCAUUCCCCUUGCUGAAUGGCAUGUGCUGCCGCCGCCCACUGAGAGCUCCUUUGGGAUUUUGACUUGUGAGUAGGACACGAGGCUGGGAAGAUGCUGAGUUCCAUCAAGUGUGUGUUGGUGGGCGACUCUGCUGUCGGGAAAACCUCUCUGUUGGUGCGCUUCACCUCCGAGACCUUCCCAGAGGCCUACAAACCCACAGUGUAUGAGAACACAGGGGUGGACGUCUUCAUGGAUGGUAUCCAGAUCAGCCUGGGCCUCUGGGACACAGCGGGCAAUGACGCCUUCAGAAGCAUCCGACCCCUGUCCUACCAGCAGGCAGACGUGGUGCUGAUGUGCUACUCUGUGGCCAACCAUAACUCGUUCCUGAACUUGAAGAACAAGUGGAUUGGUGAAAUCAGGAGCAACUUGCCCUGCACCCCUGUGCUGGUGGUGGCCACCCAGACUGACCAGCGGGAGAUGGGGCCCCACAGGGCCUCCUGCAUCAAUGCCAUAGACGGAAAGAGACUGGCCCAGGACGUCAGAGCCAAGGGCUACCUGGAGUGCUCAGCCCUUAGCAACCGGGGGGUGCAGCAGGUGUUUGAGUGUGCUGUCCGAACUGCCGUCAACCAGGCCAGAAGGCGAAACAGAAGGAGACUCUUCUCCAUCAAUGAGUGCAAGAUCUUCUAAACGCCAAGAGACUUCACACAACACUUACGUAUGCGCCCCAGAGACUAAUGGGGAGCGGGGGAAGCCAGGAAAACUUAGUGUUUUCUCUGGGUACACCCCAAGCAGCGUCUCCUUUUGGAUACAGUUAUUGACAAGACUUGGCCACUGGAUGUUUUCACUAACCAUACUCUACAAGUGAACUCCUUGCCUGGGCCAGUUUGAAAAUCCCUUGGGAAGCUGCAAUGAAUAUUCCAUCUUUGAUUAAAAAAGUGACAUAGUCUCCACAAUUUUGGACAACGAAGUGAGUUUUUCAAAGAAUUCCAUAUUUAAAGACACAUUUUAUUUAAUAACACAAUGUAUUGCUUUUGUAUAUAAUUAGUUUUCACACUUGGAAAAUCUUUUCCUACAUCCUCGAAAACAUAAACUGCUCUGUGAAUGAAAUAACCGUACGAAGCUCUUUAUACGUUUGUAGUGUUAUUAUUUUCACCUCAAGUAGAAAGUCUGUUGAAACCACUUGGCUGCUGGAUUUAAAUGGGUAAUCAAAUUUAAAAACGACCAUAAAUGAAUCUUUGCAAUUUAUCUUCUACCUACCUAUUAUUCAGAGUUGGAUAUAAAAUACAGUUCCAUAAAAUAUCCUAA